AUGAAGAAUAAGAAUGGGAAAAAGCAGCAAGACAAGCAGCCUACCGAGCCGCCGCCUCGUAAGAAGGCAAAUAACAGGAAGGAAUGGAAAGCAGCGCUUAGACCUAAUGCGUUGAUUAUACGUCCAAAGGAUGAAGAAAAGUAUUCGGAGAUCCUUACCCGAGUGAAAAAUGACGUCCGUAAGGAACAAUGUGAAUGCGUCGACAAACUGCGCAGAACCCCAACGGGGGACAUGCUCAUCGUCCUGAGUAACAAGGCAACCGAUGGGGCCACCCAGCUACAUAAAACCAUCACCAAUCUCCUCGGAGAUGAGGCUGAGGUGUUCAGUACGGAACCACAAGAGGAACUCGAAAUCAAGGACUUCGACGAAGCUGCGACGAAGGAGGAGGUGCUCGAAGCACUGAAAGCAGCAGCUAGAGACCAAUGCGACAUCAGUCUACGAGCUAUCAAGUCCUUACGUAAGGCUUAUGGAGGAACCAAAACUGCCUCAGUGACCCUAGCAUCGACCGCAGUGCAGAAGAUCCUGGAGGAGCAUGGAAAAAUCAAGAUAGAGUGGGUGAACUGCCGCAUAAGAAGAGUGGAGAGACCGAUCACGUGUUUCAAAUGCUGGCACUAUGGACAUCUUGCUACGAAAUGUAACAGUACGGUCGAUCGCUCGAAACUCUGUGUCAAGUGUGCAGAGGAUUGUCACAAGUCUAAGGACUCCAAGAAGGAGCCGCGGUGUGCUUUGUGCAUCGAGAAAAACAGCUCGGAGAAUUGUGCCCACAUUGAUGGUUGCAGUAGAUGCCCAGCUUACAAGGAGGCACUCCAGAAGUUCACCAAUAGAAGACAAUUAUAA